UCUUAUUUCAAUCUUUAAUCCAGAAAUAUCUUUAGUCAAAAAAUAAUAGUUAUAUCCCGACAAACACAAUUCUAUGUCGUAUUCUCUUUGAAUUAUGAAUUUUCAAGAUUACCGGUCAGCCUUCUCUCAUUAGUCUGUAUAAUAAAUAAUAACGUGUUCCCCUUACCUCUUCAAUUUAUGAUAUUCAAUAUAACUUUCUAAAUGUAUAUUAUUAUCCGUUUAUAAAAAUAAUACCCUCUUUAAAACAAUUAUACGCUCUUAAAUAUUUGAAACGUCAAGUUAAAACACGCUCGAAUAUAUCAGUACAUGGAGCAAGGUCGAUUCUGGCGGUCACCUAUGAAAAGAUAUUCUGAGAAGCAUUUUGCACCAAAAAGAGUACCUCACCCUGAAGUAAAACCUUUGAUUAACUACUAAACGAGCGACCGUGAAGAUUCGCCUUCCUCCGGUUGAAAAAACUGGAGAAUUCCCUAUGUAUCACAAGAACAGGUAUUGAGGGAGCUCUUGUUGAACUCCCUCACGGUGGGAUCGGUACUUUGUGAUUCGAUUGGCGGGAUUGGCCGGUGUUCCACGUGCUUACCGGUGCUCGCCGCGACAAUCGGCGACGAGCAACGCAACAGUGGUCCACCAAGGUGGGAGCAGCAUAUUUUUCAAAUCCGUACCGAUUCAAGUUCCCGCCACUCUUGCAUUGAAGUGUAUACUGCACACACCGUGCGAGGAGUGAGGUGACACACAGGUGGUGGAGAUAGACAAAAGUCAGACGAUCCUAAACAAUCGGCGAAGUGUGAUCGAGCACCUCGCGCUGAUAAGUUUCGGAGAGAUGAACAUUCCUUCAUCGAAAUAGUCGCGACAUUAUCUCAAAAACGUAUACGAUUAUUGGCAAUUGUUGUACAUUCCUCGAAGAUAUAAUAGCGACUAAGAAAGUCCGGAAGAAAAGAAUUUCAACAUCAGCAAGGUCAUUUGCGAGAAGUGACGAAUAUUCGGUCGAUCAAAAAACCCGAAACGCGCAGAAGAAAGUGAAAGGUCGGUCUUUGUACUGAGAUUUAAUUCAGAAGUGCGGAGGGGUGUGUCGAAAUGACAUAUAAUUGACGGGAGUCUGCCCGUCGAAAAUUACAUAGCAUUAGGAAUCGCGCGACGUGCGAGCCGAUUAAUUCCGCAAGCCGUCAUAGAGCUAGAAGCGGAUACUUGUCUUGAUUGUCAACCGCGACACGUCGCAAAUCGCCUAUCCUCGUGAUUAGCAACAACCCGAAAGACUGAACUGUGCCGAAAAUAUGAAGGAUCUCAUGCUAAUUUGGAAUACUUUUUUGUCUUGUCGAAAUUAUCCGUCGAAUGAUGCCAAUUUUGAUUCCGACAGAUCGGGCGAGCAGGAUGAGAAAAAAUUGCCGCGAGUUUCGAGCAACGUUCGAAGAAAAUCCUCGGUGAUGGUGAAUAGAUUUUUUAAUACUGCUCUACCAGUGUAUUCUGAUCCUGAUCGCAAAGGAAGAUGGCCAAAAUAUACCUUCAUGCUGAUAAUUCUGGGCUUGCUCGGUAUUGCAUCCGGUUGCUUCAUACUACUGUUCCACCCCUACGACUUACUUUUUCAAUGGAAAGCGACAUUCAGCGAGGGAGGCGAGAUGUUCGAAUUGUGGCGGAAACCUGAAGCCGACGUUUAUUUAAAAGUUUACCUCUUUAACAUAACAAAUCACGAGGAAUACCUAGAUGGUCGAGAGAGCAAGCUGCGAUUCCAACAAGUUGGUCCUUACGUGUACAAAGAAGUGUUAGAGCAUUCAGAUGUAGUAUUCAAUGACAACGGUACGUUAUCAACGAAAUCAUUGCAUCCACUGAUUUACAUACCGGAAAUGAGCAACGGGACGGAAGAAGAUCUUGUAAUAAUGCCGAAUAUUGCAUUGUUUGUAAGUAACAAAAUAUUAUUUUUAUAAAUUGUAAAUAAUACG